AUGUACUCCGAUGACGUCAAAUGGGCUGCGAACCCCAUCCUCCGUGUUGCUAUUGUCGCUUUCGCUCCCGUGGGUGUGAAUGCUGGUGUGGCGGGCAUGUUCUUCGGCAUGGCUUGUUGUAUGGGUCCGUUGUUUGGCAUGUGCUGCAAGAAGUUCGGUGCUGUCCUCGCCGCUAUCGCUCAUGCCAUUGCGGUCAUUGUAUUCCUGCUCCUCUUCCUGGCCAUGUUCUUCCUUGAGUCCCUCAGCUGGGCUCGCACCAUCUCUGGAAUGAUCGCUGCAAUGGCUCUUCAGCGCUUCAUCUACAAGCUCAUUAUUUCCCUAGCAUUGACUCGUGAAUUCAAAAACGAUCAGUCUAAUAUUGCAUGGUGGACCGGAAAAUGGUAUAACAUGGGAUGGCACUCCCUUUCUCAGCCUGGACGUGAAUUCCUGUGCAAGAUCACCGAACUCGGUUAUUUCGCCAACGAUUUCUUCCUUGGCCAUAUUCUGCUGUUUGCCAUGCUCCCGGCCCUUGCCAUUCCCUAUGUCGAUACCUUCCAUUCGGUCAUCCUGUUUUGGCUGCGCCCAAGCUCCCAAAUCCGCCCUCCUAUCUAUUCUCUUAAGCAGUCUAAGCUUCGGAAGAGACGCGUGGUCCGCUUCGCUAUUCUCUACUUUGCCAUGCUCCUGAUCUUUAUCGUCAUUAUCGCUGCGCCUGUCGUCCUGCGGAACACGGGAUCAUUGGAUAGCAUUCUCAGCAAGGACCUCUGGAACAGCCUCGGUGUCUCCAAGGCCAAUGCAGUUGGUCUCCUACAACCGCUUGACCAUGGACUCAAUGACACUGUCUCCUGGUACACCGGUUCUAACAUCCCCAAGGGCUACACCUCAGGCACCGUCCCAGCAGCCUCCGAGGGCACCGGAGUAUGGUCCAUUUAA